AAACGUGGACGCAUUUAAAACGGCGCGUCACACCUACACUUAACACACACUCGAGUCGGGACGCGUGUUUGUAACGUUGCGUGUUAUACAAGUGCUGUGACAUGGGUGCAUUUCAUGGACGUGCUGUUAUGUGGGAGAUCUAUUACGCAAAUGCGAAUUUUACAGAAGAUAUCGUUACAAAGGAGGCAGCUUCCAAUACAGCUUCAUUAACGAAGUAAAGAUGGACAGGAUCAUUAACGGCAACGGAUUGGCUGUUGAUGGCAUGAAGAUAUUCACCGGGACGCUCGUUCAUGCCACGGAAGAAUGCCCGAUGUUAAUACUCGAAAAUAUGACAAUAGGUGUUUGUGGCGGAAAGAUAGAAUUCGUGGCCUCUGCAUCCGACUUGGAAACCUUGAAGCGAAAACACAAUAUCACAGAUGACAAAGUUAUUGCUUUGAGUUCGAGCCAGUUCCUAAUGCCGGGUCUAGUGGACACGCACCUCCACGCUCCACAGUUCCCCAACAACGGCAUCCACCUGGACCUCCCCCUCCUGGAGUGGCUUCAGAACUUCACCUUCCCGACGGAGGCGAAGUUCGCGGAUGAGAAGUUCGCGCGGGCGGUCUACGCCAAGGCUGUGGAUCGAGUCCUACGUUGCGGGACCACCACAGCCUCCUAUUUCGGUUCCAUGCACUUAGAAGCCACCAAGAUCCUUAGCGACAUCAUCCUAGAGAGAGGGCAGAGGGCGCUCGUGGGAAAGGUCAACAUGAUGGUCAAUUGUCCAGACGAUUACAGAGAACUCUCCGUCGAGGAUUCGGUGAAGGAGACUGAAGAUUUUAUCCUGUACGUGAGGAGCCUGAAGUCGCCUUUGGUCCAACCCAUCGUCACGCCGCGAUUCGCCCCCACCUGUCCCAGAGAACAGCUGGAGAGCCUGGGCCAGCUGGCAGCCAGACACGAGUGCCACAUCCAGAGCCACCUGUGUGAGAGCCAAGCGGAGAAAGCCUGGGUGAAGGAGCUGUUUCCGGGGACGAGGAAUUAUGCAGAGGUUUACGAUUGUACGGGGCUGUUGACGGAAAAGAGCGUGAUGGCGCACUGCGUGUACCUGGACGACGAGGAAGUGGCACUGGUGAGGCGGAGUGGCACUGGCGUCGCCCACUGCCCCAACUCCAACCUGUCCUUGAGGUCCGGGAUCUGCAACGUCAAGAGACUUCUCAAGGAGGGGCUCAAGGUCGGCCUCGGGACGGACUGUUCCGGAGGAUUCAGCGCCUCUGUACUCGAUUCCCUUCGCCUGGCCGUCCUGGUCUCGAAGGCGCUGUCGUCGGUGUCCGAUUCCAAGCACCUCACGCUCGAGGAAUCCUUUCGUCUGGCUACGUUAGGGGGAGCCGAAGGUUCUUCACAUGAGCGACCGGAUCGGAAACUUCGAGAUUCGGAAGGACUUCGAUGCCCUUCUGGUCGACGUGGAGGCCGAGGGCACGCCGCUCGAUAUUUUCCCCGAGGACACGACCGAAGAGAAGAUUCAAAAAUUCCUCUACAACGGCGAUGAUCGGAAUAUUUUACAAGUCUUCGUCGCGGGUCGAAAAGUAGUGGACCAAAUGAUGUGAUUUAUCUUCCUAUGCCUUUCACUCUUGCUCAGUUUCUGCCUCUUUCUUUCUCUGUCUCUAAUUCUUUUUCUUUUUUCUUUUUCUGUCUUGUCUCUGUCUCUUACUCUGUCUAUUUCUUUCUCUGUUACUGUUUCUUCCUGUCUGUCUGUCUCUUGUCUAUUUUUCUCUCUCUCUUUCUCUGUCUCUGUCGAUUUCUUUGUCUUUCUUUCUCUGUCUGUCUCUGUCGAUUUCUUUCUCUAUCUGUCUUUGACUCUUUCUCACUCUCUAUCUCUCUCCCUUCCUCUCUCUUUCUCUUUCCAACUACAAAACGUGAAACGAGAUCCCGCAUGAUCAGGGGGCGGUUCGUUUCAGAAAUUAUGCAAAAGAAAAAGAAAAACACUAUACAUUUCUCGAGGUCUUGCUGGGGAACGUUCUGCUUGAACAAAACGGACAGUGGUCUUCAAUUCAUUUAGCUUUAUGUUAGUUUAAUAAAAGCAUUAUUUAAUUU